GUGUGAUCAUGUGACACUCUGCUUGUUACAGCAGCUGAAACGGAGUUCUGUUACAUAAGAGCCUUUAAUAUACUGCUCUUUGGUAAACAUUGUGUUAACUUUACUCCGGUGUGUCGCCGCUUAUAUAAAGGAUUUCACCAGAUUUUACUUACGGAAGUUUAUUUUAUUUUUAUACGGAAUUUAAGUUUAUUUCUGUUGAAAUUCUACAGAGUAAGAUGGAUGUCAGCAGCAGUAUAUUAAAAGCUCUGCUUUUCUUCACUUUUUCUGUUCAUCUUUCAUCAGCAGACACACACACUCUGCAGUACCUCUACACUGCCCUCACAACAGGAAGAAAUUUCAGUCCUGUAGGUCUGGUGGAUGGAGAGCAGUUUGUGUCCUACGACAGCAACAUCAGGAAGCUGAUCCCAAAGACAGAGUGGAUAAAGAAGGUCGGAGCUGAUGAUCCACGUUACUGGGAGAGAGAGACUGACCGUGCACAGGAUCAGCAGGAGGUUUUCCAAAACAAUCUGGCUACAGUAAUGCAGAGCUUUAAUCAAACUGAAGAAGUUCAUACACUACAGAGGAUGUACGGCUGUGAGCGUAAUGACACCACCACUAGAGGAUACGAUCAGUACGGUUAUGAUGGAGAAGAUUUCAUCAGUCUGAAUCUGAAAACUGCAACCUGGACUGCAGCUAAACCUCAAGCUGUGAUCUUUAUAAACAACUGGGAUCCUAGAGGAGAAAAGGCUAAAUACUGGAAGAGCUACCUGGAGAACGACUGUAUUGAUUGGUUAAAGAAGUACGUGUCUUACGCCAGAGAGACUCUGGAGAGGAAAGUUCGUCCCGAGGCGUCAGUGUUCCAGAAAUACUCGACUCCUCCGGAGGUGGUGUGUCAUGCUACAGGUUUCUUCCCCAAAGCAGUGAUGAUCUCCUGGCAGAAGGACGGUGAGGAGGUGCAUGAGAACGUGGAGCUCAGAGAGACGUUACCCAACCAGGAUGGAAGCUUCCAGAAGAGAAGCAUUCUGACAGUUCCAGCUGAGGAGCUGCAGAAACACACCUACACCUGCGUGAUUCAGCACAGCAGCUUGGAGAAGGAGUUAGUGCUGCCUGUGAGCGAGCGCCGAAUCCUGAGAGGUGGAGCACCGAUUGCUAUCGUCAUUGCUGUAGUCGCGGCUCUCGUUGCUCUCGUUGCCGUUGUUGCUGGAAUUGUGGUCUGGAAGAAGAAGAACUCUGGCUUCAAACCUGUUCCAGCCAAACCCUCCUCUGAAGGAGAUUCUUCCUCCAACAACUCUUAAAGAGCGACUGUGUGUCUUCCUGCUGAACUGAGAGAGAGAGAGGAGGAGAGGAAGAUGAGGAACAUGCACACACACACACACACACACACACACACACACACACACACACACACAUACAUCUGUUGUUAUUGCAGUAAAAUGUAAUCCUUAGGGUGUAAUUUUUUUGCUCUGUGUAAAUUCUCAUAGUUUUCUAUGUGACUGGGUUUGAUGUAAUGUAACAUAGUAACGUGUGUGUUUGCCGCUGUGCUGUUCUGUUCCACUGAGCUCAGCACUGUAGGAACCAUGCUUUUGGUUGAAGACAGGUUUUGGAGUAAAGAUUCUCAGUAACGGCAUCAUUGCAAGAAAUGCCACCACCAUCUCUGCUUAAGAAGUGACUGAGGUGAAUUUCUAGUUGAAACAGAACAGUCUUGUGAGACAUUUCCUGAUUCAGACAGUGUUAUUCUCUGAAUCCUCUGCUGAAAAAAGACUAAGGAAUUUUGAGGAUUCUGCUUUUGGUAUUGGCUGAGAUUUUCACAGGGAAUAUGUCUGGUAUUUACAGUUGUAAAUGUGUAAAAUUUGGAAUUCAGUAUUUAAAGAAUUUGAACUCUUUUCAGUGAAAACCAUUUCCACUCAGCAACAUGUUACUAUGUUACAUUACUACGCUUAUGGAUUUUUUUUUUCUUUUGGUCGUCUUCAUCACUCCUUAUAUCUGUAUUUUAUAAGAAAGUAAGCUACAAAAAAGAAGUUCUUAGAAACAUAUGUGUAUAUAUUUAAUGUAUAAUGUACAUAUAUAAUGUGUUUGUGUGUGUAUGUGUAUAUAUAUAAUAUACACACACACAUAUAUAUAAAAUAUGUAUUUUGCAGUUGUUCUUACUGAUUAUUGUAAAUAUUACUCUAAUAUCCUGUGUUUUGUAUUGUAAAUUAUACUAAUACAAGUAAAAGUACUGUUACUUACUUGCCAUGCAAAAAUAAAGCCAUUAUUCAUCAAAUAUA